AUGGGAGCGGACGACGAGAAAAUGGAAGCAAUCGUUGCUGCAUUUAGGCACGCUUGGAAUGCUUAUGUUCGGGAUGCCAUGGGGUGUGAUGAAUAUCAUCCCAUAUCCAGAACUGGCGAAAAUCUUACUUCAAGUGGUGGGAUCGGGUACACGAUCGUAGACGCGAUAGAUACGAUUUACUUGAUGGGCUUACGGUCAGAAUACGAAGUCGCUCGUCGGUGGAUAGAGACCGAACUUUCAUUCAACCAUUCUUAUCCGGAGGUCUCAACUUUCGAGACAACCAUCCGGGUUUUGGGAGGGCUGCUCAGUGCACAUUAUCUUACUUCAGAUAUGUUAUAUUUGAACCACGCUGAAGACUUGGGACGCCGUAUCGUAGUAGCAUUCAACACAUUGUCAGGCCUUCCUCAUCGGACUGUUAAUCUGGGAAAACCUCAUUCUCCUCAGUAUUCUUACAUCACCAGUCUCGCCGAAGCAGGCUCUUUGCAACUAGAGUUCAAGUACCUCGCGGAACUCACUCAGAACGAUACUUUCUGGUAUAAAGCAGAACACGCCAUGUCUGUGAUUCGAGAUGGUCUUUUGCCUAAUGGAUUAGCUCCUACGAGAAUAAGGAUACAGCAAGGAACUUUCCAAAGCUCAGUCGUGCGCCUUGGCUCCUUGGCAGACUCGUAUUAUGAAUAUCUCUUGAAGCAGUUUUUGCAGACCAAAUCGACGGAGCGUUUAUACCAGAUGAUGUAUAACAAUGCUACAGACGGGAUCGCUGAGAACCUUAUACAACAAACACCGGAAGAGCAUAUCACAUACAUGGCAGAACUCGAUCCUCAAGGGCGCUUCCUCAAUAGCACACCCAGUUCGUGGAACCUUGGGCACAGGCAAGAGCAUCUCGCCUGUUUCCUUGCAGGAUCCCUCAUGCUCGGCGCUGUGACUUCUGGCUCGCGAAAUGGGCAUCGGAUGGUUUCAGUGCCUCCCAAGCCGCAUGAACUAACUCCUCGAGGAUUGAGAGAUUGGAAAAUGGGUAUAGACUUUCUGGAAGGGUGCAUGAGUACACACGACACUAAGACUGGGUUAGCUCCCGAGGUUGCAGAAUUCAGGGCCGUCAACGACGCUAACUACGCAUACGACAAGGAUUGGUUUAUUCCAAGAACAUUCUCAGGUGUUGAUCGGUCGCCAUACGAGGCACGAUAUAUGCUACGGCCAGAGAUAGUCGAAUCUAUAUUCAUUGCUUGGCGCUUGACUGGUGAUCCUCGAUAUCGCGAGUGGGCCUGGAAUAUUUUUUCCUCCAUUCAACAACAUGCACGAAUACCUACAGGAGGUUAUGGAACCGUAUCGGAUGUAAAUCAAGUCCCGGCCAGACUGUUGGAUAAGCAGGAGACAUUUUUCCUGAGUGAAACGCUCAAAUACCUGUACCUCACUUUCUGUCAUUCUGAUGUUCUUCCGCUACAAGGCAUUGUUUUUAACACUGAGGCCCAUCCACUUCCGAUAUUUUACCCCACAGUUGUCAGUUCAAAUCCCAGUCAUUUAUGAAUACUUUGUAUCCAGUUCAAAAUUCAUCGCAUACAUAGAUGUCAUAUGCUCCUUACUUGAUGCCCAACCGAGCUUCACCGAAGGGUGUCUUAGUAUGUUAUUCUCGAACAAGACCAGUACCAUAUAUUCGACUACAUCAUUACGACAGGUGUUGUAGAUACAAGCAGGUCCACAAAAGAGAGAAAAUAUGAUGAAUAAGUCGGAGAACUCUAGGAGGGGGAUUUAUGAUAGAAAAUA